UAUUGAUAAAGAGGCUCCUUAUUAUUGCAACUCCAGUGAGAGGUUAUUGUGAAAUGUUUUGGUAGCAUAUUUUAAUCGUGAAGAAAGACUCUUAGCGCUUAAUACAAACAGAAAAAUGAAGUAUUCCAAAGGGUGCAUUUGGACUAUCUGACAAAUAAAUACAAAAAUGGAGUCCCCCCUGACAGAACUCCCCCCCUUGCUGUCCAAUCAAUCCAUGGAGAGCUGUCCAACUGUGGACAAUACAGUGGAGAACAUGAUUUUUGGAUUCUACUACAUCAUAGUUUUCCUCCUGGCACUGAAUGGCAAUAGCCUUGCCCUGUGGAUCUUCGCCCGCCAGAGAGGCAACGCUUCUCCAGCCAAUGUCUUUCUGCUUCAUCUCGCUGUGGCCGACCUGUUUUACGUCUUUGUUUUACCCCUCAGAGCCACUUAUCAUUUAACUGGAGGACACUGGCCAUUUGGUGAAAUCCCCUGCCGUCUCGCUGGCUUCUUCUUUUAUGUCAACAUGUAUGCCAGCUUGUACUUCCUGGCCUGUGUUGCAGGGGAUAGAUACCUUGCUGUAGUACACGCCGUUCGUUCCCUCAAGGUCAGACACCCUCGUUACGCUCACAUAGCCAGUUUUGCACUAUGGGCUUUGGUGAUAGUGUCUAUGGCGCCCCUGCUGGUCACCAAGCAGACUGCAGAAGUCAAUGGCUCUACUGUAUGCUUGCAGCUGUACAGAGAAAAAGCUUCACAGCGUGCUCUCAUCUCUCUCGUCAUAGCCUUCACACCACCUUUUAUUGCUACACUGUCUUGCUACCUGCUGAUAGUGAACAGUCUGCGGAAAGGUUCAAGGCUGGAGCCGGCACUGAAACUCCGAGCUCUCCGCACCAUUGGUCUGGUCAUGCUCAUUUACAUAGUGUGUUUUUUGCCAUAUCACUUAAGCCGUGCAACCUUCAUCCUGGGAUAUGCGCACCCAGACCUAUCCUGCCAAAUCAAAAGAGGACUAGCCCUGGCUAACCGGCUUACUUCCUCUCUAACCUGUCUGAAUGGAGCUUUGGAUCCCCUGGUCUACCUGUUUGCGGCUGAGAAGUUCAGAGGAAGCGUCCUCAGGAUUUUCUGCAGGGACAGGUCGGGUGGGUCCGGUGCUACAAGCGGGGACCUGAAAGGCACACAUGAGAGCUCUGUCAGCGCAAAGUCUGAGUUAUAAGAAAGUGCUUUGAAUAUUUUUCAUUGGUUUUAGUGAUUUGGUCUACACUUUCUGAUAGCAGGGUCAGGUGAAGAUGAGAAAGCCUUAUGAAUAAACAACCAUGUGAAUUGGACAUAUUAAAACAACUGUAUGUAAGUUUAAAGAUCAGUUUCAAAAUCACUUUGAUGGUACACUGAUUUCUAAUAAGGUGAAUAGCCUCUGUUUUUCCCCUAACUUCUGUUCUAGGAGUAUAUAAAGUUUGGUGAGUGGGAACAAAGGCCAGAUUGCUUUAUAAAUGCAUGUGCACUGCUAUCUACCACAGUGAUAGAUUUAUGAAUUUCUCUCAAUUAAAGUGGAUUCAUACAAGUAAGAAUUUUCAGGUAAUAAUCACUUUUUAUUGCCAAUGUGUAAACAGCUUGUAAAGGCACUUAAAAAAAGAGACGUUCCCUGACUUCCUAGGUUGUCCAUAAAAGCCUGUGGACUGAUUUUCAUGUAAGGUCUCAGGAUGUUUUUUACCGGAAAUUAAAAGCAUGGGACAUUUAUGCGCACU